AUGACGCGCGUGAAGACGCCAUCGCCGUCACCUCCAGGUGGAGGAGGAGAGGAAGAGUUUGAGCGUGAUGACCUGUACACUCCAGGUACCAUUGGAACGGUCGGGUCAAACGGAACACCCACGAGGGGUCGCAAGCGAUCAGGCACUUCCUCCGGCGCAAGUCCGUCAACUAAGCGAGCGAACACUGCGGCCUCCGCCAGGGCCUCCGCGUCCGCCAGGGCCUCUGCUGCCUCCAGGGCCUCGACCGCCUCCAAGAAGAAGACGGCAGCCCCAGCGAAGCCUCCAACAAAGCCGAGAGUCAAAGGCAAACUCGUUUUCGGCAUCGACCUCGGAACUACGUUUACGGGCGUCAGUUACGCCUACUCGGGAGAUGCGAACAGAAUUGAAAUUGUUAUGAGCUGGGAUGACUCUAACGACGACCAUGUGAAGAUCCCCACAGUCAUCAAGUUAGGCAAACCAAAGGACAUCUGGGGCAUCGAAGCCAAGGAUCUUCCGGACGCAUUGAGAUGGUUCAAGCUGCUCCUCGUGAAUCCGUCCGACCUAGAUGUCGGAGUCCGCAACUCCAUCCAGAUUCAGAACGCACGACGAGUGCUAUCAGACUUGGGGAUCUCCCCUGAAGAGGCCAUUGGUGCUUACCUGAAACAUGUGUGGGACCGCUGCAAUGAGAAGCUCAAAGAGGCAGAGGGAGAGGAGAUUGUUGACACCUCAUGCUUCCACGUUUACAUCACAGUUCCAGCCAUCUGGCCAACCUAUGCUCGCAACCGAAUGGAAAAGGCCGUCAAGCUGGCAGGCAUUCUCAAGAAGCGCCCAGCUGGUCAAACCAAACAUGAACUUGUCUUUGAGCCUGAGGCUGCUGCUCUUGCAACGCUAUCAGGCAUGCGAGGGCGACACACCAUCAAGGAGGGCGAUGUCUUUGUUGUCGUUGACUGUGGAGGCGGCACAGUCGACAUCAUAACUUACAGGAUCAAGAGCAUGGAUCCUAUGGAUGUUGCAGAGGUCGUUAAGGGUCAAGGUCGGCUUUGUGGCGCCAUCUUCGUGGACGAGCGAUUCAAGGAGCUUCUGAUCAGAAAGCUACGAGCAAUACGUGAAGACGCUACGGACUUGGUAUCUGAGGCAGAGAUCCAGGAGAUCAUGAAACGCAAUUGGGAGAGUGAAAUCCGCAGCCAAUUCAACGGUCAAGCCAAGACUUGGACCAUCCGCCAGCCGUACCGCCUCAUUGACGGUCAGCCGGACCCAAACAGUGGCUAUCCCCAGUUCACAAUCACAUCAGCAGAGAUUGAAGAGGUUUUCAAAUCCAGUGUGGAGGAAAUCCAGUCCCUGGUUCACCGCCAGAUUGAAGCUGCAAUCAAAAAGCACCCGGACCGUCCCCCCCAGUACGUGAUGCUCGUGGGAGGCUUCGGAAGUUGCAAUUAUAUUCGUCAGCAUCUCAGGCGUCACUUUCGAGACGUAGAAGUUUUGCCAGGGAGAGGCUCCGCGCCCUGGUCGGCGAUCUCGCGCGGCGCCGUAAUCCAUGGUCUCACGAAUUUGAAGAUCGACUCACCCUUCAGUGUGAGUGUCGGAUCAAGAAUUGCGAGGGCCAGUUACGGGGUGAAGUGUGAGGAGCUGUACGAUGAGGGUAAACACAACCCAGAGCACAAGCGGUUCAACCCUGUCUUGCGGAAGCAUGUGGUGCCCGGGGUGAUGAAGUGGCAUGUUAUCAAGGGCCAGGACAUCUUUUCAAAGAAGAAUCCUUCAUUCCUGUUCACGAAACUCCUGUCUCAGCCGCCAGAGACGAUCGAGACCAGCAUUUUCAUGUCUCUGGCAGAAAAUCCUCCUACACGCAAGGACAACUCGGUUGGUGAGGUUUUCAAACUCACUUGGGACAUUCAGAUUGAUUGGAAUGCCUUAGAGCUUCUCGAACAGGACGAGAACUACAGGAAGCUUGAGUACACAGUCGAGAUGAAGUGCAGUUCUGGAGCUACGGCUUUCUACAUCUACCAUGGUGGAUACAAACAGGCUGGCAAGAACGUAUCUGUUGAGGUUUUGGAGACUGCAGAUACCUGA